UGCUCUGGGCUCCAGAUGCUGUGCGCCGGGAGGCUGGGCGGGCUCGGAAGCCGGGCAGCGCCUCUAUGGCCCGGGCGAGCGGGCUCGAGGGGCCUCGGAGCCAGGAUCCGCGCCCGAGGGGUCAGCACCAGCUGGUUCCCGGUGGGCGCCGCCUUCAAUGUCAAGCCCCAGGGCCGCCGCCUGGACCUGUUCGGCGAGCGCCGGGGUCUUUUUGGAGUUCCUGAGCUCAGCGCCCCAGAAGGAUUUCGGGUCGCCCAAGAAAAUGCCUUGAGGAAGGCAGACUUGCUUGUGGAGCGUGUGUGUUCCGUGGCACCUGGGCCCCAGACCGUGCUCAUUUUCGACGAGCUCUCUGAUUCCUUGUGCAGGGUGGCCGACUUGGCCGAUUUUGUGAAAAUCGCCCACCCCGAGCCCGCGUUCCGAGAGGCGGCGGAGGAAGCCUGUACAAGCAUCGGCACCGCGGUGGAAAAGUUGAACACAAAUGUGGAAUUAUAUCGAAGUCUGCAAAAAUUGCUAGCUGACAAAAAACUUGUGGAUUCCCUUGAUCCAGAAACCAGGCGAGUGGCUGAACUGUUUAUGUUUGAUUUUGAAAUCAGCGGAAUCCACCUAGACAAAGAGAAGCGUAAGAGAGCAGUGGACCUGAAUGUUAAAAUCUUGGAUUUGAGUAAUACAUUUCUCAUGGGAACUAACUUUCCCAACAAGAUUGAGAAGCAUCUCUUGCCAGAACACAUUCAUCAAAACUUUGUAGUCGCUGGAAAUCACGUGAUAGUUGAUGGUCUACACGCAGAAUCUCCAGAUGACUUGGUGCGAGAAGCCGCUUAUAAAAUUUUUCUUUAUCCCAAUGCUGGUCAGUUGAGAUGUUUGGAGGAAUUGCUCAGCAACAGAGACCUGCUGGCAAAGUUAGUGGGGUACUCCACGUACUCCCACAGAGCCCUCCAAGGAACAAUAGCCCAAAGUCCAGAGACUGUCAUGCAGUUCCUUGAGAAGCUAUCAGACAAACUUUCUGAAAGAACUAUAAGAGACUUUGAGAUGAUACGAGGGAUGAAAAUGAAACUAAAUCCUCAAAAUUCUGAAUUAAUGCCUUGGGAUCCCCCCUACUACAGCGGUGUGAUUCGUGCAGAGAGGUACAAUAUCGAGCCCAGUUUGUAUUGUCCAUUUUUCUCCCUUGGAGCGUGCAUGGAAGGCCUCAACACUUUGUUCGGCAGACUGUUGGGCAUUACGUUGUAUGCCGAGCAGCCCGCGAGAGGAGAGGUGUGGUGCGAGGGCGUCCGCAAACUGGCUGUGGUUCAUGAAUCCGAAGGAUUGUUGGGGUACAUUUACUGUGAUUUUUUUCAGCGAGCAGGCAAGCCACAUCAGGACUGCCAUUUUACAAUCCGUGGAGGCAGAUUAAAGGAAGACGGAGACUACCAGCUCCCAGUCGUAGUUCUUAUGCUGAAUCUUCCCCAUCCCUCAAGGAAUUUACCAACUUUAUUAACUCCUGGAAUGAUGGAAAAUCUUUUCCAUGAAAUGGGACAUGCCAUGCAUUCUAUGCUGGGACGUACUCGUUACCAACACGUCACUGGGACCAGGUGCCCCACUGACUUCGCUGAAGUUCCUUCUAUUCUGAUGGAGUACUUUGCAAAUGACCACCGAGUGGUUAGCCAGUUUGCCAGACAUUAUCAGACGGGGCAGUCACUGCCCAAAAAUAUGGUGUCUCGGCUUUGUGAGUCCAAAAAGGUGGGUGCUGCAGCCGAUAUGCAACUUCAGGUCUUUUAUGCCGCCCUGGAUCAGAUCUACCAUGGGAAGCACCCCCUGACGGCAUCGACCACAGACAUUCUCAGGGAAACCCAGGAGAAAUUUUAUGGCUUACCAUACGUUCCAAAUACCGCCUGGCAGCUUCGAUUCAGCCACCUCGUGGGCUACGGUGCCAAGUAUUACUCUUACCUCAUGUCCAGGGCGGUAGCUUCCAUGGUCUGGAAGGAGUGUUUUCGACGAGACCCAUUUAACAGCACAGGCUUCCGAGGAGUCAGUCACACGGAACACCUGAUCUCCUCUUUGUUGCCCAACGAAGGACUCGCUACUCUCAGUCAUUUGGGAGCAGCACCAUUGGAAGCGUUGAUUCUCGAUGCCAGGGUCCACUUUGCUCCGGAAGGUUCCCCCUUUGCCCGACUCUGGAACGCUUUCUUCCCGUGGAAGACGGUGGCAGUCUGAAGAAGGGGACCCGCUCCCCUGACGGCUCCUCCACAGCUCCCCUUCAUGGGGGCCGCUGACCGCCACUUAGUGUCGGUAGCUGCAGAACCCCUGCCCCACAUCGCUUCCCGCGGCCUGCCCCCCCGGGUGCCCUCUCGAGUAGCCUUGCUCGCCAUUUCCACCAUCAGGAUGGGCAGUGGUUCAGACGGGAGAAUCCGCGGCUGACUCGGCGGAAGGCUCACGAACGUGACUGUGGGCUGCGUCUCGGGCCUCAGGCUAGCUGGUGACCGUGGGAGCCUGUAGUGAUUCAGUGAGGGAAUCCGGGCAGGUGGAUUUCAGGUAGGGACGUACGAUGCCCAACCCCUUCCCCGCCGUGGAGACAGGCCGUGCGAGGUGGCGGCGGGCUGGAAGAGGACGGAGAGCGGGGUCUGGGCUGGGCAGCCCCGCAUCCCCAGGAUCAGAAGUACAAGAGCAUCCCGUCGUGCCCCCCGUGGGCCUCCACAGGAUGCCUCUCGGCCGCAGCCUUGGGGAAGUUGAGCUCUGGUCUCAGAGUCCUUGGAAGGUGCUUCCUUGAAAGCAAACCACUAAUGAUGAUCUGCUCUCAUACUCGUUUAAAACGUCUUGUCUCCUCACCACACAGACGCGUCUCCAAAUACCCGCCAGGCAGCCGUGGACGAUGACUGGUGUCUUCACCACUUUCAUGUGGUUGAAGACGAACGGCACCUUGGAUUUUCGGAGUGCCCUGAAAUUUCCGUACGGCGCGUUAGUUUGCAUUCACGGUUGUCCUGGCAGAGCACGUACUUCUUACGAGAGGAAGCUGAGGCUCGGAGAGGGCAAGUGGUUUGCCCGAGGCCUCACGGUUCAGACUGGAGUGAGAUGAUAAAACAGGGCUGCUGAUGCCUAGCCCCCUCCCCCUCCCCGUCUCCUGCACAAGUCCAGCUUUUCAUGCAGCUUAAUGCAGGUUGGGAUUUUCUUAGCAUCUAAUAAUCACAUUCAGUUCCAAAGUCUUUGGAACUUGAGUCUGAUGUCAUAGAAUGUUGAAAUGUUUUGCAGCUUCGUAGCCACACGUUCUUUUGUCUCCUGCCCUUCGCGUGCUGCAGACAUUCGGUCUGCUUUUCAGAUUUUGUUAUUUUCAAAAGACCGAAAGCCAAAAUUGACUAUAAUAAAUCAUUUCGGGGAAUUAGGAUUCUUCACUGGAGAUUUCUGUAAACAGGCAAAAUAUUACCUUGUUUGAAGGAACUGCACUUUACUAGAAGACCACAUACUAUUAAGUACAUAUAUUUCUUGCAUUUAUAUCUUGUUUAUGUGUGCAUUCUUGCCUAGACAUGUAGUUUGCCACACUUUAUAGACAUGUAAAAGUAAGCUAGUAAAAAUACUCAUAAGGCUAGAAAAUUUCUUACCUAUGUCAAAAGAUCCUUUUUGAUCCCACUCCUGAGAAAAAUCACCAGACUGGAUGCCUCACCAGAAAGCCAGGGGCCAGGAGGAGGUACACCCCUCCCCCAGGCCAGAGGUCAGGCAGGGCCUCUCAGCCACCCUGUCCCCUCCCUGGGUGGGCCCAGCCUUCUGUCCAUGUUUCCUAAUUCAGGACACGCUUUGGCUUAGCACCCACUUCGUGUUUGACAUCAACCUAUGUUGGAUACUGUGACGCUAUCAGAAAUUCUGAUUGGAAACCACGUUUGCAAAAUUGCCCGUAUGCAAAGAUGCUCCAGAAAUAGUGCAAUGAAAACAUCAUGAUUUAUGUAACUCCUGUCAUCAUGGGUGUCAGUCAUCUGGCAUUAAAGGAAUUGCAUUUUCCAUAAUACGCAAAAGUAGCUCUAAAUAGCCUUGUGUCCGGGUGCCAUUAAGUUGGAGAAUUUCUGUCUAUAAAAGUUCUCCAAAAUCUGCCCGCGAGCAUCAUCACAGACGGUGUUCCCUGCAGAACCCAGCAGACAAAGAGCAUCAGAAGAUACAGACGGGCCGUUCCGAACUUUGCCCUUUCCACCUGUACACUCAAGAGUCAGUUUCCUGUUCCAUUAGCUGUUACCCUAAGCCAAGGUCUCCGGGUGUAAUUAACCCUCUCCUGCCAGCGUUUUCUCCUUCGCUUUUAUUUCACAGUCUUAUUUUUUCUCUCUCUGUUUCAUCUCAGCGUAAAUAAUUCCAAAACCUCACUUUAAGAUAAUCCCAAAGACGAUGGAGAAUAGGAUAGCUUCCACUUAGUAUAUGAUCCAUAAACGAAAUAAUCCUUUCUUUGAAGAGAGCUUGCUUGCUGUGAAACAAAGCUAAAAAUACACUUCUCCUUUUACAGUAAAUAUUUCACACCUAGUUUGACUUUAUUAGAGUAAUUCAAAAAUUGGAAUUCGAUGUUUAGAAGCAGGAAAACCGAGGGCUGAGCUAUCUCGUGGUGGCGGCUUUUCUGUCAGCGUGGCGUCGUUUGGAGAAAGAAACUAAGACACGGGUGACCGGGGGCUGGGCGGGCUGCCCGUGUCAGUGCCUGUAACGGUCUCUUCU